AUGUCGGACACAACAAAUGAUAAGAAACUAAUAGAAAUUCACGAUGUUGAAAAUAUUCGCAAAAUAAGAGACCUGUAUUUGAAUGAUUGGCCCCAACACUGUGUCGGCUACUAUUGUUUGGAUAAUUUCUACAAGUGGAAGAGAUCGAAUGACAACAUAAAAAACUUAAAAAUAUACACUGUGAAAGAAGAGAGCGAGAAUGCGGAAGGGGUAUAUGUUAUUGUGGACCGAUAUCAGGUUUUUAUUGGUUCUCUUAAUACGACCAGCUGUGAGAAUCUCUAUAGAGCUUUAGAACAAUUAGAUUGGUCGGUUGGACUGAAAGUAAGCUCUUUUCGUGAGUGUCAUAGGCUCUCGGUUCUGAGUGUUGUGAAAAAUAAAGGUUUACAGUGUGAAUACGAUAGCUUGACACUCAUGUACUAUAUGCCGCAUCAUGAGGCUAAGAACCUGCAAAUAUGUUGCCCAGAAGGUUACUAUGUUCAACGCCUAUCCUCUGCUGUCGAUGCUGAAAUAAUAAAUACUCUAUGGCCUAAUCGCCAUCAGGGCUCAUUGUUUCUGAUAAAACGACUCAUUGAUUGGAACGUAAACAUGGGCGUUUAUGUUAAAGGGACAGAUGAAUUGGUGGCAUGGUGUUUGCGCUUACAGGGAGGCUUUCUAGGAGCACUACAAGUAAAAAAUGAGUACAAACGUCUGGGACUCGGAAGUGUUGUCACCCGUGCCAUUGCGCGCAGUUUAGGUGAACAAGGUGAAGAUGUAAUGGCCCUGGUUAACGAAGAUAAUAAACCAUCAAGAGGUAUGUUCGAAAAGCUGGGCUUUACCGUCACUGAUCGCUGUUAUUGGCUACGCACUUUCCCUACUAUGGAGAAUUUCACCUGGCCAGAUGGAGAAUAA